AUGUCGGAGAAAGACAACACGUCAGAGAAAGACAACAUUGCCAGACAGGCUGAUGAGGUGGAAGCUCUUUCAGCCAUAUAUGGAGACGAGUGGUGUGUGGUAGACGAGGUGUCCAACAUUUACUGCAUCCGUGUCACAGACAGAACUGAAGCUCCCAAAUGGAUAGUAAGUUUGCAGGUGCAUAUGCCGGCAGAGUAUCCUCUACUGGGGCCUCCAGAGUAUCAGAUCAAUGCUACCUGGCUGAGAGGGCAGCAGCGGCUCAACUUGGAGAACAAGUUGUCACAGAUAUACUGUGACAAUAUCGGAGAGGACCUGGUUUUCCUCUGGGUGGAGGCGGUUCGAGAGUUUCUUCAAGAGAAGUCGGACGAAGACAUGGGGAGUGAUAGCAAGGGGACCACUGGUCGCCUGGUGGUCCCAUCCCAAGAGGCUGAAGAUGGUGAGGAUGGGUUUGAUACCAGUGUCCUGGGUGAUCUGAGUUAUAUCACAUUCGAUCACACAAAACAUUCGUCACAGACAGUGCCUUGUCCGGAAAUUAUUCAUGGAGACACAGUCACCGACAGGAAAAGUACUUUUCAAGCACAUCUGGCUUUUGUGAGUGACAAAAAUCAGGUACACAUGGUUCUUAACCAACUUCUAGAGAAUAAGAAGAUCGCCAAUGCAACCCACAACAUGUUUGCUUACAGAAUCAUUGCAGACUCUGGAGUCACAUACCAAGGAUGUGAUGAUGACGGGGAGACUCACGCAGGCUCUAGGAUGCUUCACUUGCUGCAGAUUAUGGAUGCUAAGAAUGUGCUUGUUGUUGUGUCUCGCUGGUACGGUGGCAUUCUGCUGGGCUCGGACCGAUUUAAACACAUCAAUAAUUGCACCAGACAGAUCCUAGAGGCCAAUGGUCUCCACAGGGAUAAGGGGACGUUCUGCCUAUGGAGUUCUGAGAAAAGCAGGAAAGUAGCAUCCCUUGUACGCCCCUUGCAGAUGUUGAUAACAUCUCAACGACUGGGAAUCAGAAACAUUGGGCCACCACCAGUGUGA